UGUUAUCGUAGGUCAAAAGUCCAAGGUUGGUGUUGUGGUGCUUGACAAAAUAUGGCACCAAGUUUUAGUAAGAUUUUCAAUAAAAACAAUUUGACACCAAAGAAUAUUGUAUUAGCUACAUCUUUUGUUGCAUCCACAGUUGCUACUGUCCGAGCUAUUACAUGGGGAAAACAGCACUCAAAAUGGAUAAAAGGGUUGACCAAUCUUCAUAUCCCAACAGAGAAAACGAAAAAUGACAAAGGAGCUGUAGAUUCUACAUUCUUUAGGCAAUUGGUCAGGAUUUUGAAAAUAUUGAUACCACAUCCUAUAUGUAAAGAAACAGGUUAUCUUCUUCUGAUUGCUGUUUCAUUAAUUGCAAGAACAUAUUGUGAUGUGUGGAUGAUAUCAAUGACUACAACAAUUGAACGUACUAUCAUUUCAAAAAAUCGAGAUUCAUUUAAAGAGAAAAUAUCACAGUUCUUAACAGCAAUGCCACUUAUUGCUAUUGUGAAUCAAUUGCUAAAGUAUGGUAUCUCAGAACUAAAGCUGAGGUUUCGCACUCAAUUAACUUUGAAACUACAAGAACAAUAUUUGGGAAACAUGACUUAUUAUAAAAUGAACAACUUGGACAACAGAAUAGCCAACCCAGACCAACUUUUAACACAGGACAUUGACAAAUUUUGUGACUCAGCUGUUGAAUUAUACUCUAACAUAACCAAGCCUCUUUUGGAUGUUGCUCUUUACGUGAAAACAUUGGUAUCCACUGUUGGAUUCAAGACACCGUUAACAAUGAUUGGAUAUCUCUUAAUAUCUGGAGCUUUUUUAACUAGACUACGUAAACCAGUUGGCAAGAUGACGUCAGAAGAGCAAAAAUUAGAGGGUGAAUUCCGAUAUGUCAAUUCAAGGAUAAUUACAAACAGCGAGGAAAUUGCAUUUUAUCAAGGCCAUGAAAGAGAAAAGAAGACUAUGAGAGAAACCUUUAUGCGAUUAGUAACGCAUUUGCGAGAUGUCUUAAAUUUCAGAUUUUCAAUAGGAAUUGUGGAUAACGUUGUAGCAAAGUAUUUGGCGACUGUUGUGGGCUUCAGUUCUGUUGCUUUAAGUUUUCUCGUUAAAAAUAAACGCCAUGAAAACAUGAAAAACUUUGAAAUUAUGGAGGAUUAUUACGCAACAGGCCGCAUGGUACUUCGUAUGGCAGAAGCAUUAGGAAGACUGUCACUAGCUGGUAGAGAGAUGACCAAAUUGUCGGGCUACACUACCCGCGUAAUGCUGUUAAUGACUGUGUUAAAAGAUAUGAAGGACAACAAUUAUGUGCGAACACAAAUCAAUUCGAACAGAGAAAACUCGGAUGAUGAAGUGACCUUGAAUAAAAAGCUGGUGAUCGAUAUGUCAAAGCGAAGUGACGUCAUUGAAAGAGACCACGUGAUCAAAUUUGACGGCGUUCCUCUUGUCACACCCAAUGGCGACGUUUUAAUAAAGGAGAUGUCUUUUGAAGUUUUGUCCGGUCGAAAUGUACUUGUAUGUGGUCCGAAUGGCUGUGGGAAAUCAUCUCUGUUCCGAGUUUUAGGAGAGUUAUGGCCUGCUUUCGGUGGCACGCUGACCAAGCCGCACGCUGGCAAGCUGUUUUAUGUUCCGCAGCGACCGUACAUGACGAUUGGUACGCUACGCGAUCAAAUUAUAUACCCUGACUCGAUUGGAAAUAUGAAAAUGAAGGGAUUCACCGACAACCACCUUAAAGAUUUUCUCGAUAAGGUGCAUCUUGGAUAUAUCCUCGAUCGAGAAGGGGGCUGGGACAGCAUUCAAGACUGGAUAGACGUCUUAAGUGGUGGCGAGAAGCAAAGAGUUGCUAUGGCACGAUUAUUUUACCACAAACCACAAUUCGCCAUACUCGAUGAAUGCACUAGUGCAGUGAGCGUGGAUGUGGAAGGUUUUAUGUAUACUCACUGUAGAGAGGUUGGUAUUACGUUGUUUACAGUAUCUCAUCGGAAAUCGUUGUGGAAAUAUCACGAGUACGUUUUGUACAUGGAUGGACGUGGUGAUUAUGACUUUAAACCUAUUGAAGAAAGUACGCAAGAGUUUGGCUCGUAAAAUCGUCGAUUUUCACUGGAUUCAGUGUUCACGAACAGCAAUCAUGUUGUCACUCUUCCACAACAGAACAUCCCGGUAUCAAAACUGUCUGUCCAACAACAGUGCAUACACUGUUCCAAUUUUACCAAAUUUAUAAAUUUAUUUUUCAGAAAUCCGGAACAAACUGUACGCCCGGAGUAUGAUUUAAAUUGCUUUGUUGGACUGAAAAAUAAAAAUCGUAAAUAUAUUAUAAAUUUAACGAAGCAAAAAAUGUUUUUUUAAUUAAGUCAGAUAUAAAUCUUUUUAACUAUUUUUUUAUUUUAUCUUUUACGCAUUGGCUUCCCUCUGUUCAUUUUUUAUGUUAUUUGAUUAAGUCACAAUCAAUCCUUUGGUAUAAAUUUUUCCGCGUAUACUUUUUAGGUGUAAUGUUCUACUCAUUCGCGGCACGCAUUUUUACGAUUUGAUAGUUUCGCGAUAAUUGAUGAGUAAUUUUAGUGGGGGAAAAGAUUUACUCAGGAAGUAAAUAAUAUAUUAACUUCAAGAAAUCCAAUUUAAUAGCCAUAUGAUUUUCGUUUUUAUUAAUGAAUACAAUGAAAUACAAAGAUAUCUUAAAUUUUUGGACUACAACACAUAUUUCUCCGACUAGAAAAUCAAAAACUCUUAUCAAUCAUAUAACAGCAACACCAACGAAGUCUCGUUAAUAAUAGUGUACUACCGUGAGACAGGUGUGAAGUGCUUACAUUAGUGCGCCCUAUAGGCAUAAUACCUCUUCCACAAAAUACGUAUUUGAAAAAUUAGUAUCAUUAAGCCAACAUUAAAAUUUUUUAAAAAGAAACACUUUAAAUUUUGAACAGGAAUUCAAGUUAACAAUAGAUAAUAUAGCCAUCUUGUGAAUGAGAUUAUAAAUGGUAAUGAUUCUACUGUUUCUGCAAUAUAUACGUAUUCGUAAUUAGUUAAUGUAAUUAUUGUACAUAAUGCUUUAGAAGGCAAUGCAUCAGGACUAAUUCUUAGAGAAAUUAA